AUGUUCACGUUGCUCGCCAUCCAGUUCCACACGGUUCACAAGCAGAUUGAGGCACUUCAACGAGACAUUCAAGUUUUGUCCACAAGAUUAAGAGGAGUCGAAUCCUCUUCCCGUCCCAAAUCGCCCGCAUUGCCAAACAGCGUCGCAGCGGGGAGUAUACAUCGGAUUUUGAAUGCGCCACAGUCUCCCUCCUACAUCGGUCCCACGAGCGCCGAAUUCGGUCUGGACCGUCCUCAUAUACUAGAUGAGGAACCUCAUGAUGAUGGUGACAAAGACACCGACCGUCCUGGAGAUUGUGGACCCAGCUUGUCACCGGUUCUUCAAAGUCCUGUGCCCUCCAACGACAACGAACCAUUGCCAAAUAGAGAUCCACUGAAGGGGUUGAGUUUGGAAGAGACCCUGCGUCUAGUGCAGGUCUACGAGGAUAAUGUGGCCACAAUUUACCCUUGCGUUGAUCUGGCUAGUGUUCGGACGUAUGUCGUCGAAUAUCAUCAUUCUCGCCACUCCCGCUUUGGGGAUCACUCCAGUUCAACGCCAGCUGCCCUCUCAGCCAGAGACUGGUUUCACGCCCGUGAUAUCCAGGUGCUGAACAUAUUGCUCGCAACUGCUUUGUUGGUUGAGUCGCAUGGUAAAAGCGAGCUGGCGGCCCAGCUGGCGGAUUGUGUUGAGGAUCGUUUCGCCAGUCGACUGAAGAUUGCUCAAGUUGACAUGAAGGAAAUUUUGAUUCUUGUUCUAUUGUCCAUUUUCCACUCAUACCGGGAUGACGAAGUCAUCGCUUGGCGACUGACAGGCAUGGCAGCACGGGGAAGUAUGGAGCUGGGCUUGCAUCGGCAAGAGACAUGGCAAAGGACAGGAGGAAUAUUCCCGGGUGCGCUCGAAUGGCUGUGGGCAAGUCGUCUGUUCUGGGUUGUCUACGUUUUGGAUCGUAAAUGGUCAUGCGGAACGGGUCUACCAUUUGCGAUCCAAGACGCAGACAUGGACACCAAUCUGCCGGAGCCUGGUCACUCGACUCCGUAUCUUACUUGCAUGAUUUCUUAUGCUCGCCUCAGUUCGAAGAUAUGGGGACUCAUCGUUGGCUGGUCCAAUCGUUCUCGAGCCGCUACUUCAGAAGGAUGUGCCAUGUUGGACGCGCAGGUUCAACAAUGGGUGCGCUCCAUUCCACGGGAGCUUCGCUUCGAUGCCGGCCAGCGAUCAACUACGAGAUCUGAGCACACUGAUAGGAAUAUGAUGCUCCAGGUGCUGCUUGCGCUCCAGGCUAAUCAGCUUCGGAUUCUUGUGUAUCGGCAGUAUCUUCUGAGUAGCGAACGUAUCGCAGAUGAUCUGGCCGGGGCAUCCAUUGCUGUGGAAACAGCGAAGAGCACUAUACACAUGCUGGACUAUUUCAGUCGAGUCUCAAACAUCUACUUCCAGCGACCAGAGCCAUUCAACUACUUUUUGAUAUCCGCUCUUGCUGCGUUGUUCCUUGCCGUUCUACAUGCACCCUACCGUUACAGCCAAACAUGCCGACCCGAGUUCUACACUGCCAUUGAUAUGGUGCGCCGCUCAGCAACACAUACUAGGACCUCACGGCGUCUCCAAAAGAUCAUUCGCAGCCUCAAACGAAUCCAACUGAAUGUCCAGUGGCACAAAUCCCGAGGCCCCACAUCCCCAGUUCGCAAUCAUCACCGCACGCCAACCCUUGCAAGGAAGCCCACCGACACGGGCGAGAGUCCAUCUGCUUCACUAAAACACACCUCUCUCGCGACUCGCAGUCUGUUGGACACGACGCCGCUCUCCCUUACAACGGAAUCUCCACCAAGCCAGCGGGUUCCCCAUCUCGACCGAAUACAGGACGAUUCCACCCCGCAACCUUCUUCCGCAACUCUUUGGCCGUUGUCCCCAGGCACCGCUAUAGAUCUCGAAUCCAACGACUGUGAGGAUCUGAGCAGCUUCUUUGAGAUUGCAGGUGGUUUGUAUUUUGAUCCUGAUGCUGACGCGCAUGUCGCAAGUGGAGUGGGCUGA